GUUCACUAUCUAGCUACCACUGCCUGAGCCAUCUCUUGCUAUUCAUGCCAGGCAAUUGGUCUAACGGGAUCCGCUUCAUUGGUCAAGCAACUGGGUUUACAUGCUCGAUCUUUGCAAGGGGUCUUUUGUUGCUCAUCGACCCGCGCCCGACCUGUUCACUCAACCGACUGUUAGAAGUCUGCCCUCUUGAAGGUCGCUGGGCACGACAUUUGGCGAGUACUACCACGAGAGUGCCAUAAAUCUGAUGACGUCACCACCUACGGCCCCUGCACACGGACGGCAUGAAGUCUCCAGAACAACGAAGACAUGUUCACUCGCGUGAGCAUACGCCCGCGCGAGCACGUCGACGUCUGCAACUCAUGAGCGGGGUAGCCUAGGGGCAAGCAAAGCAGCCGCUGGGCUUCACGGUUGCCGCGUUCACCCUGCUUUGCUCACCUCCGCUGAAAAUCAAGAUGUCACGGGCCACUGCCAGAGCGGGGAUCAAUGUGGUGCUCGUGACGCACGCGACAACCUUCGUUGAGGACGCUGCUGCCCAGGCGCGACGCAAAAGAGCACGUCGCGCGUGCGCAGGGGCGGGCCGCCAGCAGCCCCAGGUCGUCCACUGUUCGUCUUCCGUGGUUGAGCCGUGCGCGUUCUUCCGAUGUCUGGUGUAUGUUGCCGUCGUCUAGCCGUGGGUGUAUAGA